UCGCGGGCAUCGAGAUGAUGUGCUUGAAGGCCACCCAACUCGUCCUUCAGAUUUCGCCAUGUAUCGAGCACUUGCAAUUGCCUCUUCUCUCCUUGCUUUGGCCCACGGCCAGCAGGUCGGUACCCAAACAACCGAGACUCACCCUGGCAUGACAUGGCAACAAUGCACGGCCAAGGGAAGCUGUUCGUCCAAGAGCGGAAAGAUUGUCCUCGACUCCAACUGGCGUUGGCUUCACUCUCUUAAGGGCACGGAUAACUGCUACGACGGAAACAAGUGGACGUCGCAAUGCAAGGAUAACAAAGAUUGCGCUUCCAAGUGCGCUCUUGAUGGCGCAGAUUACAGCGGCACCUACGGCAUCAGUGCUAGCGGGAAUGCUUUGACAUUGAAGUUUGUCACCAAGGGAUCUUACUCGACCAACAUUGGCUCGCGAACAUACCUCAUGAAGGACGACUCAUCAUACGAGAUGUUCACGCUGGCUCCCAACCGAGAGUUCACCUUUGACGUUGACGUUUCCAACCUUCCUUGUGGUCUUAACGGCGCGUUGUACUUUGUGUCUAUGGACGCAGACGGUGGCGUGAAGAAGUACUCCACAAACAAGGCUGGCGCCAAGUACGGAACUGGAUACUGCGACGCCCAGUGCCCACGUGAUCUCAAGUUCAUCAACGGUGAAGGUAAUAUCGAGGGAUGGCAGCCUUCGGACAAUGACCAGAAUGCCGGACUUGGAAAGUACGGAUCCUGCUGCUCAGAGAUGGAUAUCUGGGAGGCCAACUCGGUAUCCACUGCCUACACUCCCCACGCUUGCACCGAAAUUGGGCAAAGCCGAUGCGAAGGCGAUUCCUGCGGUGGAACUUACUCCAGCGACCGUUACAGCGGUGUGUGCGACGCCGAUGGUUGCGACUUCAACUCCUUCCGUAUGGGUGACAAGAGCUUCUACGGAAAGGGAAAGACUGUCGAUACUUCGAAGAAGUUCACCGUCGUCACCCAGUUCGUCGGCUCAGGUGACAGCCUCGACAUCAAGCGCUUCUACGUUCAGGGUGGCAAGGUCAUUGGCAACUCCCAGUCCCAGAUCGAGGGCGUUACCGGAAAUUCCAUCACCACCGACUUCUGUGAUGCCCAGAAGCAGGCCUUUGGAGACCGUCACUCUUACAAGGAGAAGGGUGGACAUGCAGGCAUGUCCAAGGCUCUUACUGGUGGUAUGGUCUUGGUUAUGUCGCUCUGGGACGACCACGCGGCCAACAUGCUGUGGCUCGACUCUUCCUACCCCACUGACAAGGACGCUUCCACUCCCGGUAUCGGCCGUGGUGAAUGCGAAACCACAUCCGGUGUUCCCGCUGAUGUUGAGAAGAACAGCCCUGGCGCUUCCGUCAUUUACUCCAACAUCAAGGUUGGUCCUAUCAACUCUACCUUUGGUUAA